CAACGUGUGAUUGAUUUAUUGCACCACACCAAUGUUGCACUCAGUUAUUCAUCAUACUUAAGCAUAGAAAAAAACUAUAAGCUAUUUAGAAAUAUGCAAACAAAUAUUUUCAGAGUGAAUAACAAAGAAUAUUAAAAUCCACUAUUAGACAAGAACAAAAAUAACAUGACAGCAACACGGUUUGUUUGUUUUUCGGCUUUUUCCUGAUCCGCAUACUGAUUUUUGGCUUGAGCCCUUUACAUUCCAGAUGCCCUUCCUGACGAAUACCCAUGGUGGUUACUAGUGGAGAUUUGAACACGAGGCGUCCGCUCCAGAGUCCAGAACACUAACCACUACGCCAUGGCGGGCUCCAACAUGUUAUGGCCCCGCUGGGAAAAGGGACCCUCUGGAACCAAGAAGACCUUAGUUGCAGGUCUAAAACGGGCCAAGAGGAGCACGGCAGCCAGGAAGACGAGAGGAGAUGACAUCAUUGAAAUGACGUCAUAGUUCCCAGUCGCUGCCAUUGAAGAUGAUGAUGAUGAUGGCGGCAUCCCUCCUUUUGUCCACGCUCGGGAUGGAUGUAUCGUGACAAAGCCCCAGAACCGGAAUCCGGAAUCAAGUUCCAGACACGAAACGGACCGGAGUUCGGAUGUGAGCGGAACGAUGACGAGAUGAUGUGAAGUGUGGAUGGUUGCGUUCCUGGGCGCGUGUGUGUGUGUGUGUGAUGAGCAGGCGGCAGUGUAUCGGUUCUGGUUCUGCUCAGAAAGGAGGAGGAGACACAUCGGGGUGUCGGUGAGGCAGCACAGUCUUGUCAUCAUGGCGGCCAAGUCUGACGGCGUCCUGAAGAUGAACAAGAGCGACGUGGCCUUCACUCCCCUGCAGAACUCCGAGCACUCCGGUUCGAUCCAGGGGCUCCACCCGAGCGUCCAUCCCGACUGCAAGGGCACCGGGGACGCGGACUUCGCCAACGGGGAGUCGCGAUGCUGCGGCCGCGGCGGCGGAGGCGGCGGCUCCAGGUCGACUUAUGUGGGUCCGGGCCAGGAACCGCACCAGAACCCGGUGUGGGACUGCUUGUGGAUCCUCACCGCCAUGCUGGUGUACGUGGCGGACGUGGGCACAGACGUGUGGCUGUCUGUGGACUACUACCUGCACCGGGACUACUGGUGGUUUGGCCUCACGCUAGUCUUCGUCGUGCUGGGCUCCUUCUCCGUGCAGCUCUUCAGCUUCCGGUGGUUUGUUCACGACUUCGGCCCGGAGGACGCGACGGAACACGCCGACGGUCCGCACGUGGACGGGAACAAGCUGCUGAGCGGAGACGUGAGCCCUCAGCACCACCCGGCCACCCCGCAGAGACAGGCGUCCACCGCCAGCAGGAACACCAACACCACCAGCACGACCAGCACCGCCGUGCCCGCCCGCACCCGGAAACCGUCCACCUCCUUCUCCUUCUGCGUGUGUUUCUCUCAGGCCCUCAUCCACAUCCUCCAACUGGGACAGAUAUGGAGGUAUCUCAAUACCAUCUACCUGGGCAUCCGUAGUCGUCAGAGCGCUGAGACGGAGCGGUGGCGUUACUACUGGAGAAUGAUCUAUGAGUUUGCAGACGUGAGCAUGCUGCAUCUGCUGGCCACCUUUCUGGAGAGCGCUCCUCAGCUGGUGCUGCAACUGUGCAUCAUCAUACAGACUCACAAACUACAAGCUGUGCAAGGUAUGACAGCAGCAGCGUCCCUGGUCUCCUUGGCCUGGGCGCUGGCCUCCUACCAGAAGGCCCUGCGAGAGUCUCGUGACGACAAGAAGCCCAUCAGCUACCUGGCUGUCAUCAUUCAGUUCUGCUGGCACUUCUUCACCAUCGCGGCGCGGGUCAUCACGUUUGCCUUGUUCGCGUCUGUGUUCCAACUCUACUUUGGCAUCUUCAUCGUGCUGCACUGGUGCAUCAUGACCUUCUGGAUCGUCCACUGUGAGACCGACUUCUGCAUCAGCAAGUGGGAGGAGAUUGUGUUUGACAUGGUGGUGGGCAUCAUCUACAUCUUCUCCUGGUUCAAUGUCAAGGAGGGACGCACAAGGUGUCGUCUGUUCAUCUACUACCUGGUGAUACUGGUGGAGAACGCCGCUCUCAGCGCUUUGUGGUACAUCUACCGCUCACCUCACCCCACUGACUCCUUUGCGGUGCCAGCGCUUUGCGUCAUCUUCAGCAGCUUCCUCACCGGCGUUGUUUUCCUGCUCAUGUACUACGCCUUUUUCCACCCCAACGGGCCACGAUUCGGACACUCGCCAAGCUGCCAGCGCCUGGACCUGGACUCCACCGCGCAGUUCUCCACGUUGCCAUCCGAGGGGGCCACCAACUCCCUGCGUUCCACCCUGGGGGGCGCCACCGCCACACUAGAGCGUGACGGGAAACACUCAGAAAGGGAUGGGUGCAUGCCGGUGUUUCAGGUGCGACACAACGUGCCGUCCACGCCGUCGUCUCGCGCACCACGCCUGGAGGAGACGGUCAUCAAGAUCGAUCUUUGUAGGAACCGCUACCCGGCUUGGGAGCGCCACGUCCUGGAUCGGAGUAUACGUAAGGCCAUCCUGGCUAUAGACUGCUCCUUGACUCCACGGCUGCAGUAUAAAGACGACGCUCUGGUACAGGAGAGGUUGGAGUAUGAAACCACGUUAUAGUAUCCAGCAAUAGAAGACCUUUCUACCGCUCUCAUCUCCACAUCCUCCGUGUCAACUCGGUGGUGGCCAUCAAGGAGAAUACUGGCCUGCUCAAUCAUCUGACCAUUCAACAUCUCCUGUUUAUUUUUAUAAGUCUCAUCGGGGAAGCCCACAGUGCGUCCAAACGCAACCCUAAGGCUGAUGCGUUCAGGGUCAGAACAUCCAAACAUACCAACACAUCCCUCCAGACAUGUAUGACCUUUGUCUGGAAUGACACUUGAAUCCCCCCCCUUCAUUGCACAGCGUGAUGAGUAAAUCAUCCCUGCGUCAGAAACGUCACCUGUGUCCACUCAGGUGACCUUGACUUCUGACGACCUUGUGUUCUUGGUGCCAAAAACAUUCCUGGGAAAUGUUGUCUUGCUUGUGGAGCUUAUGGAUGUGGAGCUCCAGAUGGCCUGGUAGUCCCCUCACACAUGGAAGAUCAUUGCGGUCUGAAAAGCAAGAAAGUAUAGCAAGCAUCCGUGCGCUUGGAACCCAUAAGAAUCCAUCCUGGUGUGCUGUGCAUCUUGGGUAGUCAUGUGACAGCUGUGUUGAUGGAUGAUAAUUAUGCUAUUUAUAGCAUAGUUAUUCUCCGUCUGCACCAUCAAUCACCUCAGACAUGUCGAUGGAGGAUCAUUGUAGUCCUUCGAUACAUGGCUGUUAGCAAACACAAACAGCCAAUCAACGCACGAUGUAGCGCACAAACACAAAAGGUAAGCAAUGGAUGAUGUAUAUAUAAUAUAUAAUAAUAUAUAAUAAUGUGAUGCAGGACCUGGAUAUGUGAUGAGUGAGGAUGGUUCAAUGUGACAAGGGCUCAGCCUACACAGCAAAAAGCAACAGAUGAGAUAUAUAUAGUAUGUGUGUGUGUGUGUGUAUUUAUUCCACCAUAGGUGAAAAGGCGUAUUAAUAGUACAAACUUUGCUCUUUUUCUCCAACUUUUGCUCCUUUUUUAAACAUUUUUCUUAAAUUAUUUUGUACAUUCUAUUUUGGUAUUACCGUAUUAUGAUUUUUUUUAAUUAAUUUAUUUUUAUUCUUAAAAUUGUUGACUUUGUCAUUCGAGUUUUUUCAUAUUUUUACUUCAUUCUCGUACAAUUGCAGCUUUUUUUCCUUUCUGUUGACCCCACCCAUUUCAACAUACUUUUCCUGUAAUAUUUUGACUUUAUUCUCAUAAUUUACACAAUGAUUUACCAAAGAUGCCAACUUUGUUGUUUUUUUUCUUAUAUUACAGCUUUAAAGAAUAACAUACUUUUUUUAAAUAUGUCAUGAUCAUGAUAUUACGAUAUUACCGUAAAAACGGUAAUAACCAUAAAAAAAAAUUAUUUUCAGAAAUGACUGCUGAUUCGUUCAUGUUGCUGUUUUAUUUACCGCUUCCUACAUUCCUACAAUAGAAUAGAAUAGAAUAGAAUAGAAUAGAAUAGACUUUGGGCAUCCCUGGUUUAAAGGUCUGAAACUGGUGGCUAGUGAUUUGGAUCAGGUGUUUUGGUUUUUAAAGUCCAUCCAGGUUGUUCAUUAAGAGGCUCAUAUGAAGAAGGGAAUAAUCCACUUCGCUUAAAAAUAUUGUUUUUACAUACUUUAGUUCUCAUUUAUUUAUUUCUUCUUACCUUUUAUUUGCACUCUAUCCGUCUCAGGAACAGUUCUGAUACUUUGUUGUAAAAGUCACAUUACCUUCUGGUGAGCUCGGAUAUAUACCAUAUUUUCUGGACUAUAAGUCACUCCAGAGUAUAAGUCGUACAAUGCCAAAAAUGCAUAAUUAGGUCGAAAAAAACAUAAAUAAGUCGCACUGGAGUAUAAGUAGCAUUUUUUACGGGUAAUUUAUUUUCGAAACUACUUGACCAAAACAGACAUUACGUCCUCUUGGAAGGCAAGUUCUAACAAUAAAAGAAUAGAGAACAGGCUGAAUAGGUGUAAGAUAUGCUAACACAAUGCUUAUUCAGCUACAUGAAAAAUAAACAUAAACAGAAAAAGUGUCCAGUUUUUUCAUUGAUAAGUCGCUCUGGAGUAUAAGUCGCAGGAACAGCCAACCUAUGAAAAAAAAUGCGACUUAUAGUCCGGAAAAUACGGUACUCAUCCUCCAUCUUGGCAGUCAAAUUCAUUCAUUCCUUCAGCAGAGUAUAAACCUACAGUAGCUUGUUAGGUUUAUGGUGUCCAAUGUUAAAAACUAUACAGAAAAUACAUUUCUAAUACACUUUGAUUUACAUAUAUUCAUAUUUAUUUUGUCAUGAAAGCUCAUUUUAAAUCUAUUGAACAGUUAUGAUGCUUUAAGUAGGCAUCAAAUGCUAGUUGAGCCCAAGCAACAAACACAUGGCGUCUUCUUGUCCCCCAAAGAUUGGCUCAUUCCACUCACCCCCAGAGACAUAAACAGUUGCUUCCAUCCAAGCCUUGUGGAUCACAGGCAGGUUCUAUGUUUCCCAUGUGGUCUACACCGUAGCCACCAUCAGGACUUGGAAUGGAUUCUUAUGGGUUCAGGAAGGAAACGGUAGAUAUAAACAGACACAUAUAAACAGAUGAGAACUGACAAGGAAAGGAAUCAAGGAUAAAGGACACAACCAAGCAACCAUCUUCGCCAAAUGGAACCAGUAGUAGUACUCUGACAUGCAGCAUUUUUGUACUUUUGGAGAUGAUCGAGGUACUUACAAGUCGUUGUGUCUGUGUGUAAAGUACUGUGCACGCGUCUUAUGUCGCCAUUGGAUGUGUUUGUACUUCCUGCUUGACGAGGACACAAACAGACGCUAACAAUGUUGACGCUUCCAUCGAUGCCACGUGACUCCGAACAACAUUCCUCUCCUUAGCCUUUCUUUUGGAUUCUGUCGGAGAAGGUUUUUCCAAAUGGUAUUAAAAAUAGUCGGUUACAGCGCCGGUUCUUAGCAUCAAGGAGGUUGCCACGUCCGUUUAGGAAGUGAAACUUAAGCUAGUGUGCCUGGAAGGUGAAAGUAAAGCUGGUGUGAAAGAGAACAAUUUAUCUAUUGUGUCAUUUCCCAUCAGCCGUAUCUGGGAAUGCCUUCCAUUGGUAGAUUCAGUCCGUAGUCAAGAUGAUUUUUCCGACUUUUUCCACCUCAAAGAAAGCUGUUCAGAUAAAUAAGAGUGGUCGAUGUGCACCGAGUACCUUAACCCUUUGGGCAAAACCAACAAAAUUGGGCGUACAUCAGGGAAGUGGUCCUAGAAUACAAACAACUUCAAAUUUCCAAAUUGAUCACAUGACAGAGUGAUAUGAUCGGAUGGGAGAUUCCUAGUCCAAUCAGACUCCAAACCAAAUCUCAGACCCCCCAAGUGUUUCCCAGCUCUGAUUGUGCUAUGUGAGUGUGGAAGUCAUACUGACUACUACAUACUACGAGACUGCGGUACUACACAGAAGCGGUUUAGUAUUUUUAAAGUGAUGGCCUGAGACUUUUGCACGGUAGAUUUACGUCUUAGAUCUUAGAUAUGGUCUGAGCAGACUAAGUAAGCUUUUAUUCUUAUAUACACUGGAACCCACAGUGCUGUACAGUACGUACUGAGCAGUACAAUUGUGGUAACUUCUGGAGUAUACAUCACUGGAAUAUGUGAUACAUUCAACUGGAAAAACAUCAGCAAAAAAACUCGACAGAACCAACUUUGGUCACGUCAUGCACCCAAGUGGGUGAGCCCACGGGGUCCAAUACCGGGGAACCAGGGUGGUCUGAUUAUGGGACUGAAAAGUGGGCGGCACUGCACAACAAUCUGGCAAUCUGAGGAAAUGCAGGCCUGAAUAGUCCAGAUGAGAUUGCUUACAACCCAGAUGGAAGUGUAAUGCCACAAAUGGCAGACAGAUGGCAGCAAAGCAGCACAUGACUAAAUCAUCAUUUUUACGCAUUUUAGUCAUUAUUUCUACAUAAGAUUUAAUUCAUUUUUAAUUGUUGAAUACAAUUUUGACGGCCUGUUAUUUCAUGUUGCUGCAGUGACUGAUGUCAUUUUCCAUAUUGAUGCCGACCCUCUGAACGGAAGCUCCAUGGAUCUAGGAGCACCAAAAGCACAUUAGAUUACUUGUCCGUUACUACACUGGAAUUCUUUUUACAACCUUUGCACAAAGUAGUCAGGUUUUUUUUUUUGUUUUUUUUUUAAAUCUAAGUACAAUGCACUGUAAUUCUUCUCGAAAGCACAACACAAAGCAACUGGAUAAUCAAUCAAUUAGACUGUUCAUCUGAUUAAAUUAGGAAAUAUAUCAGCAUCUACAACAAUGUCCUGAAAUCAGGUCAAGGAUUAUGGCCACAGCCUCUUUAAAUAUUAGCAGAAUAAAGUCAUAAUAUUAUGAGGAAAUAACUUGUUAUUGAAAUAAAAAUGUCAUAAGAUUUAAGUUGGGCGGCACGGCGGACGAGUGGUUAGCGCGCAGACCUCACAGCUAGGAGACCAGGGUUCAAUCCCACCCUCUGCCAUCUCUGUGUGGAGUUUGCAUGUUCUCCCCGUGCAUGCGUGGUCUCCGGGUACUCCGGUUUCCUCCCACAUUCCAAAAACAUGCUAGGUUAAAUGGCCACUCCAAAUUGUCCAUAGGUAUGAAUGUGAGUGGGAAUGGUUGUUUGUCUAUAUGUGCCCUGUGAUUGGUGUACCCCGCCUCUCGCUCAAAGACAGCUGGGAUAGGCUCCAGCACCCCCGCGACCCUCGUGAGGAAAAGCGGUAGAAAAUGAAUGAAUGAAUGAAUAAGAUUUAAGUUGAAACAUUCAUUUCUAAAGUUAUCUAGGUUGGGCCAAAAAUGCUAAUACUGUGAGAAUUCAGUCAAAAUAUUAUAGAUUAUCGUAUAGAGUCAUAAUAUUGAAAUAUAAUAUAAGAAAAUAUGAGGGGGGGAAACAAGAGUAAAAGGGGAAAAAGGACAAAAAAGUGUAAUUGGGUACAAAGACGAUAGGAUGCAAGGCCACAUUAUGCUGAGAACUUAUAUAUACUGUACGUAUAUACAUCUUUUUAACCCCGCAUAUCAGCUUUGUGAUAUAGUUGAAUGAGCCUUAAAUUAGGCUGAACUUCCCCCUUCCGAUUUUGCUGUUUUUUUCCCCAAUUUUCCAAGUAUUUAAAUUUUUUCAAAAAUCAUUUUGAAUUUUUUUCAUAAUAUUCUGACUUUAAUAUGACAACUUUUGCGCCCAAAAAAUUACUUAAAAAAAAAACUUCAACUCUAAUAUUAAAAUCAUGUUCUUUUUCCUGAUAAUGUUACAAAUGUAUUUGUGUACAAUUUUUGGGGUAUUUUUCCCAUUUUGAUUACCACUUUGAUCUAUUAAUAUUUUGACUUACUAAGGUUUUUAAAAAGUCGAUAAAUAAUAAAUAUGCUAAUAAAUAGCUUUGUCACCCGUAUCACAAAGCUGAGAUGCAGGCUUUUUUUCCCUAGGAAUAUAUAUACAGUAUGUGCUGGUGUACAAAAUAUGAAAUACCACAUUUAAUUCUUAAUUAUGCGGCCAUGGAGAUGGCGAAACAGUCCUGGUGUCACGGUACGCCAUCAUCAACGUGUACGUCCUUAAGGGCCGCUUUUCCGACAAUGAACAAUGGCGGCACAUGUGCGUGGAUGGAUGCUCCACUGAAAAAGCCAAUUAGGAAUACAAAUGUAGCGUUCCACUCCAAAAAUAAUCAUGUUCAUUAUUCCAAUCAUUCAAAUAUCUGGAACAUCUUAGCAUAUUUGACCUACAGGAGGGCUUUUAAUACAACAGGACAUGAAGAAAAGGAUGAUUUUGGAGGGGUGGAUGGUGCGGAAGUGGUUUAUCAGCGUAAAUAAGAUGGUCGACUCCAUAAGUGUAAAUAAACAUAUGCAAAGUGUACAUGUGGAAAAAAAAAAGAUCUCGUCCUGAGUUGUGACUGUGACGGGCGUCUUUGGAUGCCAUGAUGAUGUAACUAUGAGCAUAUAAAACAAUACAUGUGCUGUAUGUGGUGUAUUUUUUCAAGAAAAAAACAUAAAGAUGGCAUUGUGUGAUGAAAGUGAAACAAAUGUCCAAACGUGUUCAAAGGGAUGAAAAAGAUCAUUGUAAAAAAAAUAAAAUUAAAUUUAAAAAAAAAGAAUCCUGUUAUGAAGAGGAUCAAAACAUGUUUUUUUGUAUAUAAGGAAUUUUUUGUACAUUUUUAUUUGAAUUUAAUGCAACACAAACUACCAAAAUUCAUUAAAUAAAGUACACUGUGGUCCAUUUUCUGCCCUGUUGUUGAUGUAAUCUUCCUUUGUUUCAUUGUCUGCUUUACAUUCUAUGAGAUGUCGAAGAAAAACGCGUGCUAAUAUCCAAACAGACAUAAUUGUACAUGUGAUUAAUUUACUAAAUUAAUCAGAUUAAAGCACGCAAAUGUUGGGACUUGUCUGCACUGUUAAUCACCAUCAACAUUCACAAUGGCGGUACCAGGUCUGCUUGGAGCUGGUGUCCGACUACAGUGCACCUUAGCAAAUGUCUCCCUACCAAGCCCCCGGCAGUGCAACAAUGCAUUAUGGGUAUUAGCAACAG